GCCCUCUCGUCCUCCUCAUCGUGCUCGUUGGAGCAAAGUAAGAGGCUCCACUGCAGCAAAGGGUUGGCCUGGCAUGCAGCCACAGGGCAGACAGCCUAUGUCGGCCGUGGUCUGCGCGCACGUUCGAAAGGAGGCUGGGGAGGGGGAGGGGCGACGGCGAGCACGAGGCCAGAGAGGGUCGAGGAGCAGAGGUUCAGAUGCUCAGGAGCCAAUGGAGACCGGGCCAAACCUGGGCACGACAGCGACACGCCACAUCUGGUGGAAGCUGCCUCCGCUUUUGAGCGGGCCGGCCCCUGGACAGACGGGACACAUCUCCCCUGCGAUCGAGAAGCAGACAAGCGAGAAGCUCGCCGCGCAAAAUCGCAGCCCAGACCCGCGAGCCAGGACAGCACGGCCUCCACCAGGACUCCACCCUGUGAAGGAGGCGCGCGCCGGCCUGCGCCGGCAGGGCUCGGGCCGCGGGGAGCAGCUGAGAGCUGAGCAUAUGGAGAAAAUUGCCAGGGGGAAGGGAAGGAGGGAGGAGGAGGAGGAGGAGGAGGAUGGAGGAGGAGGAGGAGGAGGAGGAGAAUGAAAAGGAUCGCAGGCUGGCCGGUUGAGGGCAGCCGCGACCAACGUAAAUGUGGCGGUGAGAGGAAGACCGGCAGACAAGGCUGAGCCAAGCCUGGUGUUCCUCUUAGUCCUGGCUGAGGCGGCCGAUCACGCCUCAGCCAAGCCUGGAACGUUUGACUCAGUGCGCGAAGAACACGCUGGAGGCUCAGGCAACGAGCCCCCUUACAUUGCAGAAUGGGACCCCAAAAGGAUACGUGCACCUGGUGCGGGAUGAUGAUGAUCAUGCCGACACACAACGAACACCCGCGAUUCCAAAGCACGACCGACCAAGAUUAACGACUCCAUCAGUGGGGGGCGUGCAGUAGAAGACGACACCGGUUAGAGAACAGUCAAUUCGUCCAACCCUACAAAUAGAACAGCACGACGUCUGCCGAGACUCCACCCCAACAGAGACUCGUGCUGCUCUGCAGUGGAAAGUACAAGACUGCAAGCACCUCUGGCGUUCCAACGUGCCGUCAGCAUCGGAUGUUAUAAAGAACUAGGCGGGGCGGCUGCGCCUCUAUGUGGCACCCCCACUUCACAUUGCCAGGGCCAUGGCCGCCAGAACUCACCUGGACGUCAAUGCCGCUUGUCUGCGCGAGUCAAGUCGCGCAAACCGCCACGUCGUGCUCACGGCCCAAUUGGGAGCACAGCAUCGCCGCAAGUCGAGGAGUGGGCACCUCGACCUGAUCCGUUUCCCAAGAACCGCCUCUUCAAACGCGGCACGCCACACCCAAGAGGAGGCCGAGAGCCGGCAGUAGAUUCGCCGAAAUUCAGUAGACAGGAGAAAGAUAGAAAGGCCAAGCAUUACGUGAAUGGAAAACCAAUGUCUGUAGAUUCGCGAUAACG